UCCAGACCAGCUGCCUGUCCGUCUGCUGGCUGCAUCCCACCCCUUGGACCGGUACAGCCUGCUCCCCAUUGUUGGGGCUCGAGUUUUUCUGAAGGGCUUCUUUCCCUCGGCGGUCUCUCACGCACAGGGCGGAAGGGAAAGGGCUCUCUUCCCCCCUCUCUGUCUUACCAACUCUCUCAACGGGCGAUAGAGGGCUGGCUCUGCAGCAGAGAAGCUACUGCUGUAGGCGAUCGGUGCCCAAGUAGACCCCGAAGAGCAGAUAGGAGAAGAGCGAGAGAGAUGGAGCACGAGGGGGGGGAAGAGGGACCGGCUCCCACCGAGGACGGGCCGGCACAGCUGCACAAGCUUCCCACGAGGGCACCCAAGCGCAGCAACAGCGGAGGGGACGUGAAUCUCGGGGCAGCGGGAAGAAGCAUCGGUUUCAGCUCUCCUGUAGCAGCCCCUCGACGCCGCCAGACUAUUACGUCCACGGGCAAAUCGCAGUCUGUGAGGGGACCCAUGGGCUCUUCCUCGGUGGACGCUUCCAUGUGGGUGCCGGACGACAUGGCGCCCAACUGCUGCGUGUGCAAGGCGGAGUUCAUCGUGUACAGGCGUCGGCACCACUGCAGGACGUGCGGGAGAGUGACGUGCGACGAUUGCUCCUCGAAACGCAUCAGAGGGGACCGGACGUGCUUGCUGUGCUGGGACCGGAUAGGGAGGAAGAUGUCCGGACUUGGCCUGCCGUCCAGCGACGACCGGGCCGCGGCUGGCGCCGCUGGCGCCGGAGGCGUCCGCAAGUCUGCCCUGUUUUCGCUCAUUGAGGAGGAGCGCUACAACCGUAGUUUCGUCCGGGCCGACGGUAAGACUGUCAGCUACUCCGUCGCCGGAGUUCCGGACGGACUUCCGGUCUUCCUGUUCCUGGGCCUCGACUCUCACCGGCACUCGGCCGCCCACUUCGAGGACAUCGCUCGCCGCCGGGGUCUACGGCUGAUCUGCAUUGACAGGCCCGGGAGGGGACGGUCCGAUCCCAUACCUGUCCCGGAGGUCGAUGGCGAGGCGGGGGCCGAGGUGGACGUUCAGGGCUUGAUAACAGAAGCGACGGAAGCCGCCGUGGUCGACACGGUCAAGCAGCUAUGCGCAAAGCUGCGGAUAGGGAAGGCGGCGAUGGUGGGGCAGUCGGUCGGGGCGGUGUUCGCGAUGGACUGCGCCCGAGAUGCGGAGCUGAAGGACGUCUUCGAAGGCACUACGGUGUGCCUGGUGUCGCCGUGGGUACCGCUGGCAGCUAGAGGGUGCAACACCUUCCUGCAAAAGGCGUCCUCUAUGCCGGCGCUGACGAGCACCGUCGGCCGUCUGGGUGGCGAGAUGAUGGUGAAGCAAGUUGGCGACAUGGCGAGGGGGUCUAGCGGGGCCAGCGAGGUGGAGAAGAGCUACUUGGAGGCACCGUACACACAGGACCUGAUCAAACAUGUGUCCGGCCUGAAGGAAGGGAAGGGGUCCAUCAAGAACGAGGUGUUUCUUGCCCUGCACAACAAGGGGCCGGAAGAGGCCAUGGAGCGGUGUACGGGGGUCAUCCACCCCGUCAAGAUAUGGCACGGAAGGUCGGACCAGCUGGUGCCGUAUGCGGCGACGAAGUGGCUCGAGCGCUCGCUACCGUCCUGCACGAGCGCGGUCAUACCUGGGGGCACCCACGCGCUCGUUUACGACAAGGGGAGCAUGGAGGAGGUCUUCACGGCCGCGCAGAAGGGAGUCCAGGAGGCCCGGUCUUCCGCCCGUUUCUCGGCCCGGCGUCUAAGCAGCCAGCUCUCGUACGUGGCUUCGAACGUUUUCUCGCCGCGGGAUGACACGUCCCCUACGGCGACGGCUACGGCGGCGGCUACGGCGGCGGCUACGGCGGCGGCGGCCGCGGGCGCGACGGCGGGCAUGAUGAGCCCUCGCUCCACCAAGGAGGCGGAUCAGGCGACGCCGAGCGAAGCGACGACGGUGCAGGAAGGGCAAGCUGUUGGCAAGAAGGAGGACCCGUUAAACUUCCGAAAAAUGUUCGCGAAGGCUAUCUCGAGGAACGCCAGCGGCACCCCCGACUCCUCUGUGCACUCACUCGCGUCCGCAGCUAACAACAGCCGCCACAAGGCGGGAACGAACGGCGGCAGCAGCGAGCAUGGCAGCGGCAGCGGGCACGGCAACGGCAGCGGGCACGGCAGCGGACACGGCGUCGUGGGAAUGGGGAGUGGCCACGGAAGCAGUGGGCACAGCCUCAGCUGGCACAGCAACGGCGCGGGCGGGGGGGGCAGCGGCAGCGGCCACGGAAACGCGGGUCGGCGCCUGUCCGCCCUGUCCUCGUCCAGCACCGGUAGCCGGCACGGUCCCGGUAGCAGCCGUCAUGGGUCGGAGUCUGCGCCGCCGCCUAUCCCCGAGAACGGGGAGCUUGUCGGCGCCCUGGGUGGUUCCGGGGGGAGUGGCAGCAGCAGCCCCGCGGGACUGCUCGGCGAAAUCGGGAAGCAGUUCAGCCUUGCUCUCAACGGGUCUUUCGGCCACGAGGGGAGCGAUACCGGGGAGGCUUCGAUGCCGCCGCCGCCGCCGGUGUCAAAGCCGAGAGAUGCGGGGGUGACGGCGGAGAAAGGCGUUCAAGACACUGCGUCUCAUUCGGAGAAGAGCGGGGUGGGUCGAAUGGCAGAGGGGUUGUUGAAGCAGCUCGACCGAGCGGUGUCCAGCAUAUCUGUUGGGGACGGCAGCGGCCACGGAUCGGCAUGGGGUGAGAGCGUCAACGGCGCCGGCGGAAGCGCCCAAGGGAGCGCGCACGGUAGCGUUGCGAGCGUUGGGACGUUGGGCAGCGUCGUCGGUGGCGGCUCGCGGAGACCAAGUGGACUCGUUUUGCCCUGGUCUCGGCAGGACAUGGAUCAGGGGCUAGAUGGCGGUGGUGGCCGCGGAGAAGACGAAGGUACCAAUCUCGACGCCGACGCUAGUGGCGACAACCGCUUUGGGCGUGCCUUCAUCGGUGCCGGUGCCGGCGGUGGCACGCCGCACUCGAACGACGGCAGGCGCGACGAAUCGAUGGGGCCGGCGGAACGCGCGUUUGCGGCCGCCUUCGGUAGCGGCGGCGGCGGGGGCGGUGCGGUCUGCAGCACUCCCCGCGUGAUCUCAGACGGGAAGCUGUCGUUCGGCACGCCCGUUACGGAACGCGUUGUCUCCACUUCGACCAGCGCUUCCGUCUACGCCACGCCGAGUCGGGUCAGGCCGAGCGCGUCCGUCUUCGGCACGCCUCUCAGGGGUUUCGCCGCGGACACUGCCCGGCCCAGCGCCGGCAGCACCGCCGGCGGUAGCGGGCAUGGCUCCGCAGGCCCCGUCCGCAAGGGCUCGUUCGCGAUCGAGGGUGUGGUGGCGGUGGACAAGGUGGCGGGGUACGAGGCGGCGAUGGCGAACUGGCCUGCGGGGAAGGUGGACGGGAACCCCGCGUGGGAGGAGUGGAGCUCGGCGAAGAAGUUGGUGUGCCACCUUGUCACCGCGGGCUGUUUAGCCGUGAUCGUGCUCACGUGGUGAUGGUUGUGCGCCGUCGUUGUGGAGGGGGCCAGCUCUUUUUUUUCGUUUCGGCGAUGUCGCUCGUGGCUGAAGCUAUCGGGCCAGCUCUGCACGCGCCGAGAGAUGGCAAGAGGCGCUGUGGUGUUUUUUUUUUUGUUCGGUUUUGAUAAUCGGUGUAAGACAACGGGGGACGACCCACCCCAUGAAUGAUUAUCUUUGUGUUUGCUGUUUGAUGUACGCGGAAAGAGAAUGCCUUGACUUUCAAAGAAAAACGCACUGCUGUCAGCGCAUGCUCAUGUAUCUGUUACAUGCAGUCCUUGGUGUUCAAGUCGGUUCGACCGGCGUGCUUAGCGGAAUUUCAUGUCUGCAGCAGUAGGUUGGUGCAACAAGCAAUGUGGAAGAUUGUUCGUUUAUGUGUUUGCCCGGCGAUAGCAGCCAUCGGCCGAAGUAGGCCCUGAGGAAUUGGAUGUUUCCGGAGGCCGUACGAUACGUACUCUAGGUCUGUUAGGUUUCUUGUAUGUCGUCGACCUAGUUGUCGUGGGAGGCAGCCUCCCGGCAGCUUUCCUCGUGCUCGACGUGUUAACGUGUUCUGCCCUCUGAUGUAUGAGUGUUGGUCGUGUUUGCCUUGUAUGGUGACUCUUUGGGUCGUGGAAGCACGGCACAGCAACAAGCAGAGCAUAAGCAUGCACAAGACAUGGCAGCGUCCUUGGCUUCUAUCAAAUCGUUUUAUGCAUAGAAGAAAAUGACUUAAUCGGUUGGGGAUGUGUUUCGUUGAAUGCUGGGGAGGAAUUUUCACUCAGGGGUACCCCGACCAGAGUAGUUGUGUCCCGAUUUGUUCCCCGCGCGUUUUGGGCGAGUCAGUCAAUUUUUGGGAAGCUGCCAACAAAAGGGUGGGGCAUGUGUGUUGUUCAAGGGGAUGGGCGAAGGCUUGGGGCCGGUGUUAUUGUCAUCAGACACGUACCGCAGUUUGAAUGAGGUAUCACACCCCCUGGAACGACUUUAGGCGCUCGAUACCUCGGCAGGAGAAUCAGUGACGGUGCCGAAAAUGGCGCUAGGCGUUGGAACCGUCUCGUCGAGAGCUUUUCGAUUACGUAUACUUCAAUUUCAGCAUCAUCCUCUUCGUCGUGGAGUAAUCGAGCUUUGAAAAUCGGUCCACGCGGUGUGGCAUUCGAGGCAACCUAGAGUGCCUUGCUGCGUCGGUCGUGUGCGACGAUUUUUAUUAUUGUGUCUAUGGGGGGGGUGUCGGGUAGCGUGGGCGUCCGGCGGCUUUGGAAAACUCCGCACAGAACAUGGAACAUCACAGAGUGGGACAUUUCUUCGGAGGCAGCCAGAUCGUGGCUUGGUUGGUUGUGGCUGCUUUUGUGCUGCAUCCUAUUUUGCUUGUUGUUUAUGGUCUUCGCCCGCGUCCACCUUUCUACGAUCCCCGCGUGACCUUGCGGAGAGAAACAUGAGAUCGAGAGAUGUUAGGUAGAUUUGAUAAGAAAGAACCUCAUUCAUGCGAAAUGGAUUUUUCUUCAGGUGUUACAUGGCUUUAUUGUCUCAUGUCUCAUUUUUUUCCGGGCCUGAACGCCGUUAAGCAUGGGCCUUACAGGCCGAAUC